CAAACCCUCAUCCAAAAGUUUAUUUUAAAUAAAAUAAUAAAAAUUGUUGCCUAUUUAAUUUGAGGAGUAUUAUUUCUGGCAUUAUAAAUCCAUGGCUACCCAUUUCUUCUUUAUUCGAUGAUCUGUUUGCUUCUUACAGACUUACUCCAUUCAGAUGAAGUUAAUGUAAGAGUUAUCCAUAUGGGCAAGAAAAGGAGGUGGCUUAGUUAUGUGAAAAGGCUGUUCUUCAUUCCCAAGUCGAAGACGAAUUCUGAUGAGGAAUCCAAAAAAUGGACAUGGUUUUUCGAAAGAUUCAAAUUCGGAGAGUACCGGGUGAUCGAGCCGCCUCAAAAGGCCAUAGACGAAGCGACAGAUGAGCAGAGGAAGCGCUCGUUGGCUGUCGCCAUUGCAACAGCAGCUGCUGCAGAAGCUGCCGUGGCGGCUGCCAAUGCAGCGGCCGAGGUUGUCCGUCUGACGAAUGCGCCAUAUGAACUCGACAGGAAAAAUCAUCGCGCUGCUGUCAAAAUUCAAUCUUCUUACCGAAGACAUCUUGCGAAGAAAGCGUUGAAUGCGUUGAAGGGAGUGGUGAAGCUUCAAGCGGUGGUUAGAGGGGAGCUAGUGAGGCGUAGGGUUGUCGACUCGUCGCCAUUAAAGUCAUUAUUUUUUUUGACGGCUCAACACGAAAGAAGAGUUCCUACAUUGCUCGAUUACCUUAGCCACGGCAAGAAAAUUCGAAGUCUCGGCCAAAAGGGAGGGAGCAAAUCCGGAGAAUUACACAGAAUUUGGGAUCCGAGCUUGGUUUCGAAAGAAGAAAUGGAGGCUUUGUAUCUUCAAAAACAAGAAGCAAUCGCUAAACGCGAGCGUAUGAAGCAAUAUUCGUUCUCCCAUCGGGAAAUAAGAAGGCAACACGAGCUCGACGCAAAUCCGAAGGACGAUGGCGACGAGAAGUCGAGGCCGCUAUCUCAUCGGCUAUCGGAGCUAAGGUUGCGGACUAACCGCGGGCGCGACCUAACGGAGGAAGUGAAGUCGCCGUACUCGCAGCCGAGAAGAUCGUUAUGUCACGUGAAGCAUAAGUCGAUCGGCGACGAGGAAAUAUCUUCACCUAAUUCUCCGGUUCUCCCGACUUACAUGGCUGCGACGAAAUCUGCGGCGGCGAAAUGUCGAUCGCUGAGCACGCCAAGACAAAGGCUGAGGCUAUGCGACACGUACUCGGGCGAGCAUUCUUUGCGUGACUUUCGGCUCUCGUCGUCGUGGAGUUUAAUCGACGGCGGUGAGAUGAGUUUCGGGGGCCGGAACAGUGUUUCAAGGCUUUCGACUUUCGGGUCGACGCUACGCUGAGGUCGAUACGGCUCGGAUCAGCCCCAUUUUUUAAUUUUCUUUUUUCCGGGAUGCGCCGUCGCCGUCGCCGUCGCCGUCAAAAUUCCGGGGUUAUUUUUGGCUGUUGCAAGAAGGUUUUCUACUUUGUCUGUUCGAGUUUGUUUGUAGGAUGAUGUAUUUGUGCAGAUGAUCUUUAUCUGUCUUUGUUUUGUGAAAUUGUUGGAA